UUUCUCAGAAUUGUGGGGAGCGUUAAGGGGUCAUUGUGGGUUGGAGGGCCAGGUGGACAAUCCGUCGGCAUGCUAAUUGAGCCAUGCAGGCUGCGCUAAAAGUCAUCUGAUCUCUUGCUUAGGGUGACAGCAGCAGGUUCCACUGGUCACUGGGCACAGCUCCGGCCUGAGAGAGAAAGACCAGACCAGACACACAGACACACAAGCAUAUGCAAGAAAAAGCAGAACAGUGCAGUACGUCCCCUUGUACGCUGAGCACCUUGGAAGUGUGUUUGGCCAGGUCGCUGCUUGUUAGGGACAAAAGCGCUUCCCCCACUCGCACCCCGCCUGCCUCACCUUCGCGACACAAAAGCAAUUGUAAGCGAACAGACAGCGCCAUUGGAACUGGGGAGAGAGAGAGAGAGAGACGCCGCAAUCAACUGGUGUGCAGUCUGCUUCAUGACAUCAGUGGCAGGGUGGAAGCUCUAUUGGCCAAAGGGAACCGAGUUUAACCCAACAGCAAGCAGCAUUGAAACCUCACACUGCAUCCAUGUUUGAGAAAAGAUAGUUACUGCAGACAGAGGGGACAGAAAAAGCAACAGUGAAUGAGAAGAUGAGUAUGUUAAAACCAAGUGGACUCAAAGCUCCGACGAAGAUCAGCAAACCAGGAAAUGUGUUACUGAAAACAGCUGCUGCUUCUGCUGCCACUGCUCCAUCGGAGAAGACAGCCGCCAGCGAGAAGACCUCGGCUGCACCCGUCUCAGAAGCUCAGGAUGAGUUUGUGGAUGACUUCAGAAUUGGGGAGCGAGUUUGGGUCAAUGGGAACAAGCCUGGCUUUAUCCAGUUCCUGGGAGAAACACAGUUCGCUCCAGGACAGUGGGCGGGGAUUGUUUUGGACGAGCCCAUUGGCAAGAACGAUGGCUCCGUGGCUGGUGUUCGGUAUUUCCAGUGCGAACCCUUAAAGGGAAUCUUUACGAGGCCCUCGAAGCUAACGCGGAAAGUACUAGCCGAGGAUGAAGCCAACGGUACGCAGGCUUCGUACGCUUCUCGGGCGACUUCCCCAACCUCUGUGUCAGCUGCUAGCCUUGUGUCUUCGCCUCCUACAGCGGCCCCCCUGCCCCCCACAGGUAUUCCUCACAAGACCUCUCCUCCUGCGGCCAAGGAGCACCCUGCUUCUCAAGUUAGCAAUCUGUCGAAAACAGCAAGCGAAUCCAUAUCGAACCUUUCUGAAGCUGGUUCUCUAAAGAAAGGAGAAAGAGAACUGAAAAUGGGGGACAGAGUUUUGGUUGGGGGUACUAAAGCCGGUGUAGUCCGCUUCCUGGGAGAAACUGACUUUGCUAAGGGAGAGUGGUGUGGCGUUGAAUUAGAUGAACCCCUGGGAAAGAACGAUGGGGCAGUGGCUGGAACAAGGUACUUCCAGUGCCAGCCCAAGUACGGCCUGUUUGCCCCCGUCCAUAAAGUCACCAAGAUCGGCUUCCCGUCGACGACGCCAGCAAAAGCCAAAACGACCGUCAGGAAAGCGAUCCCGACACCUUUGAGCUUGAAACGGAGCCCAAGUGCCUCUUCUCUCAGCUCCUUGAGUUCUGUGGCCUCAUCCGUAAGCAGCAAGCCGAGUCGUACAGGACUAUUGACAGAAACAUCUUCACGGUACGCAAGGAAAAUUUCAGGCACCACCGCUCUGCAGGAGGCGCUGAAAGAGAAACAGCAGCACAUCGAGCAGCUCCUGGCCGAGAGGGACUUGGAGAGAGCCGAGGUUGCCAAGGCCACCCGCCAUGUUGGGGAGGUAGAGCAGCAGCUUGCCCUGGCACGAGAUGGACACGAUCAGCGCGUCCUGGACAUGGAAGCUAAGAUGGACCAGUUACGAGCCUUGGUCGAAGCGGCUGACAGGGAGAAAGUAGAACUGCUUAACCAGCUGGAAGAGGAAAGAAGGAAGGUUGAAGACCUCCAGUUCCGCGUGGAAGAAGAGUCCAUUACGAAAGGUGACUUGGAGCAAAAGAGGCUGAUUUCUGAAGACCCCGAGAACACGCAGACCAAACUGGAGCAUGCACGCAUUAAGGAACUUGAACAGAGCCUGCUCUUUGAAAAGACCAAAGCUGACAAACUCCAGAGGGAGUUAGAAGACACUAGGGUGGCCACUGUGUCGGAGAAAUCUCGGAUUAUGGACCUGGAAAGAGAUCUGUUAUUGCGGGGAAAGGAAGUGGCAGAACUACAAGCAAGGUUAGAGUCCAGCAGGUCGGCCAGCAACGUGGAUGCUUCUCUCUCGCUGCUGCAAGAAUUUAGCGCUCUGGAAGAAAAGAUGACAUCAAUCCGCAAGGAGCAUCAGGAGGAGAUGAAGUCCUUGAAAGAGAAGCUUGAGAUCAGUGAAGAAUCAUUUCAGAAGGAAAUCAAAACCUUACUGGCCUCCAAUGAAAAAAUGGCAAAAGAAAACGAGUCCCUGAAAACUAAACUGGAUGCUGCCCAGAGAGAGAAUUCGGAAGUGACUGAGUUAUGGAAAUCGAAGCUCGAGUCUGCCAUUGCGUCACAUCAGCAGGCGAUGGAAGAGCUGAAGGCUUCCUUCAGCAAAGGGGUUGGGGCUCAGACGGCUGAAUUUGCCGAGCUCAAGACCCAGAUCGAGAAGAUGAGGGCGGAGCACCAGAACGAAACCUCGAGCUUGAGGCAGAAGCAGGAAAACGAGAGGUCCAGGUUCCUGAAGGAGAUGGAUGCCCUGAAAGGGAAGCUGCUGGUGGUCACAGAGGAGAAGGAGAAGAGCGUUGAAGUCUUGAAAACCAGGCUGGAGAGCAUCGAAGACCAGCACCUGGUGGAAAUGGAAGACACGCUCAACAAGUUGCAGGAAGCCGAGAUCAAGGUAAAGGAGCUGGAGGGGCUCCAGGCCAAGUGCACGGAACAAGCCGAGGCCAUUGAUGGUCUUAAAGCCAAGAUCAAAGCCUCUGAAGGAAAGCUCCUGGAACUUGAGGGCCUUCGGGCGGCCAGUUCUGAAGGUAAACUGGAGUUGGAGAGACUUAGCAAGGCGCUCGAGGCUGCCGAAAAAACGAUACAGAGUUUAGAGAAUGACCGAAAUAAUGAAAGCAGCCAGGCCGUUAGUCUCGGCAAAGAGCUACAGGUAAAAGAUCAAAAGCUGCUUGACCUUGAGAGUCACUUGGGUGCAGUAAACCAACUCAAAGAUUCCAUGGAAAAGGAGCUUGAAGACCUGAAAGGAAAAUUUACCAAGGCUGCAAAUGAAGCAGAAAGUGUACAAAAAUCUAUGCAAGAUACUGUUGAAAAACUAAGCCAAAAAGAACAGCAGUUUGCACACAUGUCCUCCGAACUAGAUCAGCUGAGAUCUAAUUUGUCAGCCAUGGAAAAGAAAGUGAAAGAGAGAGAGGAAAGAGAGCAGCAGCUGAUAGAGGCAAAAACCAAGCUCGAAAACGACAUUGCUGAGAUAAUGAAAUCCUCGGGAGACAGCUCUUCGCAACUCACAAAGAUGAACGACGACCUGCGGCUCAGAGAGAAGAAGAUUGAGGAGCUCCAGCUUCAGCUCACCAAGGCGAACGAGAGAGCAGCUCAGCUGCAGGAGGACAUGGAGCAAAUGGCACGCAGAGCGGAAGAGGCGCAGAAGGAAACGCACAAAAACCAUCAGGCAGAACUGCAAACGGUGCAGGACAAGUUAGCCAGCCUGGAGAAACAAAUUGCAGCUAGCCAAAAUCAGUAUAAAGACCUGCAGGCGACACAUGAAAAAGCACAGUCUGAAGUGGCUGCCAAGCAUGAUGGAGCCAUCAGGGAAUUUAAGCAGAAACUUCAGGAAACAGAACAGCUGUUGACCAACGCACAAAAAAUGAGCAGUGACUUAGAAAAACAGGUCAAGGAGUUGAAAAAGGAAGCCGAACAUGCAAAGUCCUUAACCUCUAUGUUAGGAGCAGCCAGGAAAGAGAUUGAAUUAAUGUCAGAUGAGAUGAGGGCUUUGAUAUCAGAGAAAGAAACCUUGGCAAAGGAGGGAAAUGCUUUAAAGUUAGAAAAAGGUUCCUUGUUGUCAAAGCUGGUAGAGUUGGAAUCCAAGAUUGGGUUGUUAAAGCAAGAUCAGGAAAAACUUUGGACAGUGAAUGAGGAACUUAACUUGGAGAACAAAAAGGUUGCCAGAGAGAAGCAAGAAAGCGACAUUAAGGUCCAACAAGAAAAAGCUAAAAAUGAUGAUCUAAUUACUGAAAAGGGAAAGCUGCUUUUAGAAGUAGAGGCAGCGCAGGAUGAUCUUCUCAAGAUCACUAGAGAGAAUGAUGUUCUACGCACUUCGAAGGCAGCUCUCCUCCGUCAAGUGGAUGAGCUCCAGUUCCAUAACGAUGCCUUGACCAAAGAAUGUCAGAAGCACAUCAGCCAAAGGGAAGAACUAGAGGAUUGUCAGAAGAAGCUUUGUGAGGAAAAUGCUGCCCUUCUCAAAGACAAGGACGAUGUCAUCCAGAAGCUGAAGAACUCCUAUGAAGACAUGGCUAGAGACCAGAAAGAACUCCUUCAAGAAGUAUCUUCAUUGGCAGCUGAGAGGGACUCGCUGUUAGGAAAACAUCUGGAUCUCGAGAACAAGCAUUUGUCUUUGAAGAGAGAGAGAGACCGUCUGUUUCAGACCAACCAGGACCUACAGUCAGACAAAGAGGCUCUUCUGAAGCGCCAGGAAGAGCUGAGUAAAAGCUUAGAGCAGGGUCUAGAUGAAAAGCAGGCACUUACUUUGAAAAAUGAAGGCCUGCAAGCUGAUCUAGAAGCUUCAAACAAGGAGCUCAAAGAGGUCACUAAAGACAAGGUGCAGUUGCAGGCCUCUCACGCCAGUCUGUCCAAGCUCUUGGAAGAGAUUAAGGCCUGUCGGGCAUCGACAGACUCUGAAUGCAUCCAGUUGAUGCAAGAGAAGGAAGCCUUGUCUUCCUCAGAGAAGCGGCUUUUGGAGGAAAAAGAAGAGCUUCUGAGUGAAAACAAGUCCCUUUUAGAAAAACUAGCUGCAGCCGCCGAAGAAGCCACCCAAACUGAGAGGACCUUGAAUGAGAGGUUAAGCCAAAUGAGCGCAGAGAAGGAGAUGACUUUUCAGAAGUCCUCAAAGGUCAAGAAGCAAAACGACACCCUUUUGAAGGAAAAGGCCAUUCUGGAAGCCAAGUGCGCUGAGCUCCUUGCGGAGAAGCAGUCAGCGUCCAAAGCGUUAUGCGACUUGAAGAGGAAACACGAGCUGGACAUUUCUGCCAAGAGGAUGCUGACUCAAGAGAAGGCCAAGCUCCAAGGCAGCGUCGAAACCUUGAAGAGGGAGCUUGACCAGAAAAUAGAAGAAACACGGGAGCUUGCCAGCUAUAAAUGUGAGCUGUCGAAAAUUUUGAAAGAGACUCAGAGUGCCAAAACUGUGUUGGAAAAUGAGUAUUCUGCCUUGCUCCACGCCAAACAACUGCUGGCAGCCUCAUUUAAGAGCAGUUCCUCAGAGAAGGAGAUGCUAGGCAAAGAGAAAGCCCUGCUGCAGGAUGAGUGCCAGAAGCUGAGUAAAGAGCUCAAAACCGUCCAGGAUGAACUGACGAUAGAACGACAAGGUCGGAGAUUGGAGAAGGAGUCUUUUAUGGUAGAGAACACCCUGCUUCAUAAUCGGGUCAACCAGUUAGAGAAAGAGAAGGAACAACUAGGUUCCGAAAACAAGGAGCUGUCCACCGAAAGAGAGAGGUUGAAACAGGAAAAGUUGAAAGGCGAGUCCAAACUGGAGGAAAUCGUGAAGGAAAAAGAGGUCCUUAGCAUCCAGACGGAUCAGCUUGCCUCCAACAUCGAGAAGCUGAAGAGUGAGUUUACAGCCCUGACCAAGUCCAAGGCAGAGCUUCAGGAGCUACACCGCGGGGCUUCUAAGAUCCUGGAGGACCUUCGUGCUAGCUACGAAAGUUCGGAAUUGGAGCGUGGCAAGCUUCUUCAGGAGAACGAGCUUCUGCUCUCUGAGCAGAAACAUCUCCUCACCAUCAAGGAAGAAAUCUUGAAAGAGAAGGAGAAAUUCUCAGAAGACUACUACAAACUGCAUGAGGAGGUAACCCUUCUAGCCCAGGCCAACAGUGACAUGUCGGCCAGCCUUCUGGCAUCUCAGAAUAAAAACGUGAUGUUGCAGAAAGAGAAGGAUGAUCUAGUCUUGAAACUGAGAGAAAUUGAGACUCUUCAGGAACAUUCGGUAAUGCAGAGAUUUGAGACUGCGCAAACAGCAGAAGAUGCUUUGCAGAUAGUUGAGCAAGUGACCAAAGAGAAAGAAGCCCUUCAGAAAGAGAAAAUGGAAACUUUGGCCUUACUGGAGGAUCUGAAACAGGUUAAUCAGAAGCUGAAAAAAGAGCUGGACAUCCUUAAAGAACAGAACCUGAAGAAUCAAGAAGACUUUAGCAAGUCUCAAGAGCUUCUCAACAUGGAGAACAAAGAAAUGGAGGAGAUUAGAAGAGAGCUAGAAGUGCUAAAGCUGGCAGAGGCUGAGAAGUCCCAGCAGCUUUCAGCCUUGCAGGAAGAGAACGUUAAACUUGCCGAGGAGCUUGGCAAAGGGGACGUCACAAGUCACCAGAAGCUGGAAGAAGAGAGAUCAGUCCUCAAUAACCAGUUGUUAGAGAUGAAAAAGAGAGAAUCCAACUUAAAAAAAGAAAUUGAUGAAGAAAGAACUUCCUUACAGAAAUCCAUCAGUAUUACUAGUGCCUUGAUCACUGAAAAGGAUGAAGAAUUAGAAAAACUCAGAAACGAGGUCACGGUGCUCCGUGGAGAGAAUGCCACUGCAAGGAAUUUGCAUUCGCUCGUUCAGUCGCUGGAGUCAGAUAAGUUGAAACUUGAGCUGAAAGUAAAGAACUUGGAACAGAAGCUGCGAGAGAGCCAGAAGUCUCCAUCAGGGACCUCAGAUGACACAGCCAGUGGCGCCCUCCAGAAUGAUAAUGAGCAGGAAAGCCAGCAUAUGAUUGACUUCCUAAAUUCUGUCAUUGUGGAUCUGCAAAGGAAAAACGAAGAACUGAAAAAGAAAGUGGAAAUGAUGUCCGAGGCAGCCCUCAAUGGCAAUGAAGAAGAAGCCAUUCAUUAUGACAGUGAGGAAGAAAACCAAACCAAGAAGAAACCUCGCCUUUUCUGCGACAUUUGUGACUGUUUCGAUCUCCACGACACGGAAGAUUGUCCAACGCAAGCGCAGGCCUCGGACGAACCUCCACACUCCACGUACCAUGGCAGCCGGAAAGAAGAGCGCCCGUAUUGUAACAUCUGCGAAGUGUUUGGCCACUGGACGACAAGCUGCAACGAUGACGAGACCUUCUGACGCAGGAGAGGACCGGGGGGGCGAGAUUCUGUGCCCAAGUCCGACCGCGUCCACCACCAGCGUUUUAAGGGUGCUGAGGUCCGGGGAGGGGGGGAAUUGGACAGCCGCCCUUGACCUCCCCACCCCCUUCUCCACCGACAGAGAUAUUUUGAUCUUCCACAGCAAAGUAUUUUAUUCCGCUCUUACUCAACUAAAAAUAAAUAAUUUUACUAGGCACAUUGCUGCCAUUUUCAUUUUCAACUCCUAGAGCUGUGUCAUCUUUACAAAGAAACGUAUCUCAUUUCACGUUCAUUCACCGACGGGGUGGGAAACACUCGUUCAGUUUUAGCUUAUUUAAGUACCUUUAAAAUUAUGCUGUUAAUUUUCAGAUUUGCACUAAACUCUUAAAAGCUGCAAUUGUAAUGUUUUUUAGAUUUUGUAAAGCUUUUUGACACUGGAAUGCGUUAAAAGAGAUUGAGCUUUUUUUCUAUUAGUUUCAGCUGCUCGAUUCUCUCUUGAUCAAAUACGUGAACUCUGGUGCGCUACUGAGAGAUCAGUGUAGUGCCUUGGUUUCAGCAAGAUUUCUAAGCAAAAAAUAAUAAUAAAAAAUACACUAUUGUGUGGAAAUGUUUUACAAAGAAAUUUUUAUGCUGAGCACAGUGAGAACACCCCUUUCCACGUUCUUUCAGCUUCUGUAGAAGUAAUUGUACAUAAGUACAUAUAUAAAUAUAUUUAAGAAAAGAUUUAUAUUUUGAAAAAUGAUCUUAUUGUCUUCAGUGCUUCUGUUCAGCUGAACUCCUCAGAGGACUUUGUGCACGGCACAGUAACUUGAUUUAAUAACUUUAAGUAGCCUCAAUCCUGGGAGAUUUUUUUUCCUGACUGUGGGUUUUUUUGUGUAUACAAAAGAAUCUUCCAGCAAAUUUGUAUCCUGUAACAGGUUUAUUUUUUUUAAUUGUUAAAGUACAUUCUGAUAUCAAGACUUUUUAAAAUGAAUAAAUAAUUUAUUUAUUUCCCUUUUGUUCCAGAUGAAUGUAAAAAAAAAAGUCAAGUAUUUAAUCAUUGCAGAUUUUCUAAGAGGCAAAGUCUUUACAAGAAAUGGGAAAGAGUAAGGCCAACAGGACACACUUCUUAGGGUGAAAUGGUGCCAUCUUUAUUUUAAUGCAUGUGAUGUUCCUGAUGAGAUUACUCUGUCAUGGAGUUGAAGAUGUAUGUACUACUUAACAAAAGUAAAGGUGAUACCACAUAAGUUGGUUUAUAUCUCUUCUUUUGAAUGUAAUAUAUAUACAUAUAUAUAUCUUCCCUGCUCUCUGUAAAUUAAAGAGGAAUUUAACUCUUGUAUAACUAAAUAUAUCAGCACCUCUGGUGUAUUUUUUUCCCUCCAGAUUACAGACUGACUGUCUUUGGCAUUUGAGUAGGUCAACCUAAUGUAAUUGUUUGAAAUUUGGAGUUAUGAAUGUAUUUAUCGGGAUAGCUUAAAAACAGCAGGGAAGUUCAGUAUUAAAGUAAACUGAGUGUAUUGUAUCUUUAAUAAAAUGGUUAUUUGCUUGUCA